AUGCCUCUCCUACCUCACUCAAAACCGAGGGUCCUCAUUCCGGAGAAAGUUUCUCCGGAUGGGUUGGCUCUUCUCAAAGGCCAGUUCGAUGUGGACGAGAAGAAAGGACUGAGUCCAGAAGAGUUGAAGAGCAUUAUUUCUGACUACGAAGCCCUCAUCGUGAGAUCUGAGACCAAGGUCACGGCUGAGCUGCUCGAGGCUGCCACAAAACUCAAAGUUGUUGCUAGAGCUGGUGUAGGCGUCGACAACGUCGAUGUCGGCAGCGCUACGAAACAUGGAAUAAUCGUUGUGAACUCGCCUUCUGGCAACAUCAAUGCUGCCGCCGAACAUACCAUUGCCCUCCUCAUGGCCGUGGCACGGAACGUUGGAGACGCCGAUGCAAGUAUCAAAGCUGGAAAGUGGGAACGAGGACGACUCGUGGGUGUAGAAGCCAAAGGAAAGACAUUGGGAAUCAUUGGUCUAGGAAAAGUCGGUCUCACUGUUGCACGGAUAGCAAAUGGCUUGGGAAUGCGGCUGAUCGCAUAUGAUCCAUAUGCCAACCCGAACCUGGCAGCAGCGGCAUCUGUGACUCUACGAACAAGUCUGGCUGAGAUCUUGAAAGAGGCCGAUUUCUUGACAUUGCAUACUCCACUGAUCGCUUCAACAAGAGGCAUGAUUGGCAAAGCAGAGUUGGCGACCAUGAAGCCAACAGCCAGGAUAUUGAACGUAGCCCGAGGCGGCAUGAUUGACGAAGACGCCCUUCUCGAAGCACUGAAUGCAGGAACCAUAGGAGGUGCAGGUAUCGAUGUCUUCACAUCAGAACCUCCACAGCCAGACUCCUCUGCGACUCGGCUCAUCGCCCACCCAAAAGUUGUUGCAACGCCACAUCUCGGUGCCUCGACACGGGAAGCACAAGAAAAUGUAUCCAUUGACGUGUGCGAACAAGUCGUCUCCAUCCUGAACGGAGACCUCCCUCGCUCAGCCGUCAACGCGCCCAUCAUCCUCCCCGAGGAAUACAGGACCCUCGCACCAUUCGUCGCUCUAGUAGAAAAGAUGGGCUCUCUCUACACCCAACACUACACCUCAAAAUUCGCCUCCCCAGGCGCCUCCACAAAGUCCUUCCGCACCACCUUCGACAUCACCUACGAGGGCGCCCUCGCCUCCCUCAACACCACAAAACCGCUCUUCGCAGCCCUCGUCAAAGGCCUCCUCACGCCCAUCACAUCCUCAGACGGCCUCAACAUCAACAUCGUCAACGCCGAGCUCCUCGCAAAAGAACGCGGCAUCCUCAUCAACGAGCAGCGCAGCCGCGAAAACGUCGACGAGAAACCCUACUCAUCAUUCGUGACGCUGCGCGCCCGCGCCACGCGCUCCCCCUCCCACCAGCGCUCCGACCUCUCGCGCUCCAGCUCCCCAUCCGCCGCCCGCACCACCGCCACCAGCCAGAAACCAGCGGCAUCCGCCGCGGAGAACGAAGACCAGGUCAUCCAGGGCUUCGUGUCCGGCAACAAGCCGUACAUCUCGCGCCUCGACCGCUUCAAGGGCGAGUUCGUGCCCAAGGGCACGCUGCUCAUCUGCAGGAACUACGACUCCGUGGGCAAGAUUGGGUUCGUGGGGAGUUUGCUGGGGAAGGCGGGGGUGAACAUUGGGAGCAUGGCUGUGGCGCCGCUGCAUGAGGAUUUGGAGGACGCGGCGGGCGAGGCGGAGAAUAACGAGGCGUUGAUGAUUUUGGGCGUGGAUAAGCCGGUUGGUGAGGAUGUGGUGAAGGGGUUGAUUGCUGGGGAGGGUGUGCUGGAGGUCAGUGUUAUUAACUUCUAGUUCCUCGUGGAUGUGGGAGAUACUUGGGUGUUGAGGGAUUGUGAGGAGGGAGGGCUUGUGGUUGUAGCAUUUUUAUCAUAUAGUCAUUGACUUCAACGUCAA